AUGCCCAUCUGUCCAAGCCUCGCGCUGAUAUGCAUGCUGGUAGCCAACUUGACCUUCGCGACCGGCUGGAUGCAUGCGACAAAAGGGCGAUGUAAGCGCGAGAAACGCGCUCAAGGCGCGCGCGGGAAAGUGAAACGCGAAAAAAUGCGUGAAGCGCGGGAAGGUGAAAGUGCGAAAGGCGAAAAUGCGCAGAGAACUGGGAUGGGCUUGGAGCCGAAUAGGGAGCGCUCUAAGUAUGCUAAAUAUGGUCUGAUAACGAAAAGGGACACACCUAGGAACUGGUUGGAUGAUGGAUGGAUGCUCCUGGAUGAUGCGCGAUGGAGUGCGCUUAAGUGCGAGAAACGCGCUAAGCGCGCGCACGGGAACACGAAACGCGAAAGCGAGAGCUGUGCAUUGUAUGCGCAAAUGACUGGAGACAUAGCAGAAGUUGCGUAUGGAGUAGGGCGACAAGUGCGAGAGAAACGCGCUGAGCGCGCGCGGGAAUGCUGCGCGUUGUGUGGGAAAGUAGCGCGCCUAUGGCGCAUUUCGCGGGAAAGCUGCGCGUUGUGUGUGGAAUGA